GGUAGGCGGUUGGGGCCGCGGGCCCAGGUGAGGAGAGGUCGGCCAGGUCAGGUGGCGCUCAGGCAUGAAGGGGCAUCCUUCUCCUGCCUCACAGGGAAGAGAAGGAGCUGUGGAUGCGCAGAGGCCCGGAGCGCAGGCUGGACCCCGAGGGCCCCCUGGAAGAGAUAAUCAUGAUGAUGAUGAAUCUGAUUCAGAUGACCUGAAUUUCCAGAAGACUUUGCCUUCAUCAAGUCAGAAAGAGACACCUCCAAAAAAGGGUUUUGAGGAUAAAGUUAAAUCAGAGAAGGUGAAAUCCUCUCCUCUGACAUUCUCAAGUAAGAAUUAUGAGUAUCUUUUUCAAGAGCCUUCAGAAAGUGAGAGUGAUGCCAGUGACUUCUCACACAGAGACAGGUGGGACAGUGUGGACACAGAGCCUGCAGGGCCGUCAAAGACUGUCUCCCCAAGGCGUCCUGACAUUGCCUCCACUGUCUCUGAGAAGGAACUGGAUCAGCUGGCUCACAUUCGACCAUUAGUAUUCAAUUAUUCUACACAAACUGUCAUGAAGGGUUUUUUAAAAAUGCUCCAGAAAAAAGAAGAAUAUGAUAUCAUCCGUGAGUUUUUGGAGUUAGAACAAAUGGCUGUGCCUGAUGACUUCAAGUCUGGGAACGAACUGCUCAACAGAGACAAAAACAGAUACCGAGAUAUUCUUCCAUAUGAUUCAACACGUGUUCCUCUUGGAAAACACAAGGACUACAUCAAUGCUAGUUAUAUUAGAAUAGUAAAUCAUGACGAAGAGUAUUUUUAUAUUGCUACUCAAGGACCACUGCCAGAAACUAUAGAAGACUUUUGGCAAAUGGUUAUGGAAAAUAACUGUAAUGUUAUUGCUAUGAUAACCAGAGAGAUAGAAGGUGGAGUUAUCAAGUGUCACAGUUACUGGCCCAUUACUCUGAAGGAGCCAUUGGAAUUGAAACAGUUUCGCAUCCUUCUAGAGAACUUUCAGAUAACUCAGUAUUUCAUCAUUCGAAUAUUUCAAAUUGUGAAGAAGUCCACAGGAAUGAGUCACUGCGUAAAACACUUGCAGUUCACCAAAUGGCCAGACCAUGGCACUCCUGUCUCAGCAGACUUUUUCAUAAAAUAUGUCCGUUAUGUGAGGAAGAGCCACAUUACAGGACCCCUGAUUGUUCACUGCAGUGCUGGUGUAGGCCGGACGGGGGUGUUAAUAUGUGUGGAUGUCGUGUUCUGUGCCAUCGAGAAGAACUACUCGUUCAACAUUCUGAACAUAGUGACCCAGAUGAGAAAACAGCGUCAAGGCAUGAUCCAAACAAAGGAGCAGUAUCACUUUUGUUAUGAAGUUGUGGUUGAAGUUCUUCAGAAUCUUCUGACUUUGAGUUAAGAAAGAGUCUGCGCCUCUCACUUGAGAUUACCAAGAAGCCUGUGCUGAAGGGUCUGCCGGCCAUGCCGUUUGCUUCUGAUUUUCUCUCUGAAGUCUCCCUGAAGGCAGCAUCAUUGGCACGGAGUGAGCUGUUUUCACUUGAUCUUUCUGGACAAUAGCAAAUACCCUCCCAUGUUUUCCAGUGGAACAAAAGUUCCGUGAAACAACCUCAGUUUAGCUGUUUGGUGCAAGGGAUUAGAGAGUUCAAGAAAAGACUUCAGUGUAUUCAUUAAGAUUUUAUUUGGAAAGUGGCCAAAAGCCUCAAAAGAUUUCUAACACGGUACAGCCUUAUUCUGGGAGAACAUGGAGCCAAUGAACUUGAGGUUCAUGUCUUGACCUCUCAUGAGCAUUUUGCAUAUUUAAAGAACAUUUUGUGUUCUUUAAAGAAGCUAGAGUCCAUACUCCCAUCUGGUAAUUGAAUAACUCAAAAGGACUCUAGGAUGGAUUGGCUUUUGAUAUACAUUGUUUUUUGUGUCCUAUAUUUCCAUGGCCCCAGAGUGCCCUAGGGAUUUCCAAGGAAGAGCUACCUUCCUGGAGCACUCAGGCCCUUGUCCUGCUGCCCUGGGAAACCCCUUGUGGGUGAAUAGUCCCUCCUCUCCCUCCCAUGAACACACUGCUUAUCAGCCCCAAACGAAAAUACUCAUCCAUCUGUAGAUUCAGUGGAAAUGUUUGCCAGGCCCAGCUUCUUUCCUAUCCUGCCCUAGCAGUUAACAUGCCAUUCUGUCUGCUUUAUCAGAAGCAAGUAUUAUGAGGUACUUGCCUCUUAAUCUUGAGCUAACCAAUAAACUUUAAUAUAAGGAUAUUGCUAUGUAA